UCCCCCCAACUACUUAUGGAUAUAGAUUGUGACUUUGUAAAGAAUAAGUUUUGUCACUCAUUUAUAAACAAUGGUGGAAAUGACACAACCUGGAGACUUCCGGUUUGCACGUUAACUACAUUGUGUUCUGUCUUUAGGAGUGCUCCUGCGUCGCCCACCCAUCCAGGUCUGAUGUCCCCUAACUCCAGUGGAUUGCAAACCCCUGAGUGUCUGUCUCGAGAAGGCUCCCCCAUUCCACAUGACCAUGACUUUGGCUCUAAGCUAGCAUCUGUGUCAGAGUACCGGUACUCGCAGAGUGCACCAGGAUCUCCAGUGAGUUCACAACCCGUUAUCAUGACACUCCCUCAGCGCCAAUCUAAUUUUGUGACAAAGCCUCUGACGUACAUGCCAGCAUCCAUAAUGACAUCACAGCCUACAGGUCAUGCAAUUCAUGUGGUGCAGCAAGCACCUACUGUCACAAUGGUGCGAGUAGUGACCACAUCCGCCAACUCUGCCAACGGAUACCUGAUAACUAACUCCGCCCCUGGAUGUACCACCCAAGAGAUACACAGUGCACUGCUAGAUGGGGGCACGGAUGGCCGAGGUCAUGAAGAGAAAAAGACUAUUGCGUUUGCUACGAUUCCUACCCUUCCCUCUUCCAGCCGUGUCAUUCAGACCGUAGCCAGCCAGAUGCCACAUGGGGUCCCAGGGCAGACUGUCACCAUCCUGCAGCAGCAAUCGCCUAUGACCCUGGGGCAGCACCAGCUUCCUGUUAGAGCAGUGACAUCGAACGGGAAGCAUAUUCUGACCAGUAAUAACAUGGCAGGCAGCACAUAUGGUAAAUAUACUCUUCCUGUACCACCCCUGGGGUUAGAGGUCGCAGUCUACACCAGAGUUUCUCAACUCCAGUCCUCAGGACCCUUAAAAGGUCAGAUAUUCAUUGGCUGUUAAGGGUCCUGAGGACUG